AAACCACCUUUCUCUCUUUCUCUUUCUCUUUCUCUUCUCUCUCUCUGUCUGUCUCUCUCAUUUAUUUUCAAUUCUUUAAGAAAAGAUCAGUGGUUGGAAUAAUCCAUGUUGACUUCUCAAGCAAUGGUUUUAGCGACGGCCAUGGCGGUUUCCGGCACGGUGGUCCUCCUCGCCUGCCGCCUCCAGAGGUCGUCUAUUCAUCUGCCGGAAACCACCCCAAUUCCUCUCCUUCGUCCUUGCAUCUCUUCAGAAGGUAAGAGGAAGAAUGAGAGAAAGAAGAAGAAGAGGGUGCGUUUUGCAAAAGAUGUUGUGGAGCCAAGUGGGAAUAACGAAGAAUACAGGAGGCUACACUGCAAUAAUGUCCAAAAGUCAUCAUGUACAAUAAAGAAGAGUGGAAAAUUGCAAGAAAUCCCACCCAAUAGAAUCGCUCUUUACACCGCCAUUCUCAAGGAAAGAGGCGUCAGCCGUGUGGGCUAUUCCUAUUGAAUUUGUGAAAAUUGCUUUUCACACCCCCUCAUUUGUGCAAUAUUUCCCUUCCCACCCAUACUUCUUUGAUUGUUACAUUUUUCUUUUUGUUUAGUAUGUUGCCAUGAUGGGCAUUUUUCAUUUCAAAUGUAUAGCUGUACUAAGAAUCAAGGAACAUGAAAUUGACCUUUUAUCCAAGUUAAAGCUAGGGUCAAAUUAGGAUAUCUUUUUAAAUGUGAUGGAAUUACUAUUCAAA